AUGCUUAAGAUGAACAAACGAGGCAAGGAUGUCAACUGGUCAAAGUUAGCAAAUGCAUCGCCUAAACCGAAGAGACUUCACUUAGAAGAGGAUGACUGUGAUGGUCUUUUUCACUGCCCAGUGCAAAUUUGUAACCACGAUGGAUUCACUACGCUGCAAAGAGGCUGUAGAAAACACGUAAAGAACAAACACGGUUGGUACUAUUACUUCGACGAGAAGCCAAACAGAGCUCAAAUGGAGUCGUUUCACAAUCAGUCCGAGAAAAUUGAAGCCAACGAUCGGACGAUUCCACGUACAACGAGAGCAAUUGCCUCAUUCGACUUGAAAAACAACAUUACUAAGAGUUUUUUCUCAUGGCUAACUGGCAGCGGCGGGGGUUGUAAAAGCGACCGACAAGCACAGCAAAUUGUCAGCAGGUGUUUAAAGUUUCUCAAAUUCUGUUGCGAAGACGAAGAGGAACUCACAUUUGGCAUUGUUGAUUUUAGCCUAUGUUCACCGAAUCUCCUAUUUAAAUUCGUUGAUACGAUGCAGGAUGAAUGGAAACUCGGACACGCGGGACGGAUAGGUUACUUGGACGCCAUUGCAGAAUUAGCGGAUUUCAGAAAAGCAAAUGGCGCAUCAGAAACAGUAUGGAGAGGCCUGUCCACAGCAGAAAUGUACUUAAAAAGGGCACGAAAAACCGUCUCAAAGAUGAUGAGGUUGCAAUGGACCAGCGAACUCGAUAUUGACGCUUUGGAAGCCAAG